CGCGGGCCCGGCGCGAUGAAGCGCGGCAGCGACCGCGACUCGAGCCCGCCGGGGGCCGCGGGCGGACGCGCGGCCGCCGCCGCCAAGCGGCCCCGCGACCGCGACCGCGAGAGCAGCAGCCGGCGCGGCCCGCACCGCAGCUCGGGCGCCUCCCGCAGCAGCCGGGACAAGUCCACGCCCGGCGGCGGCGGCGGAGGCGGCGGCGGCACCACCACCAGCAGCAGCAGCGGCGGCGGAGGCGGCUCCAGCUCCCGCAGCCACCGCGGCGAUGAACGCGCCGGCGGCGGCGGCGACUCGAACCACCGCCCGGCGGGGAGCGGCUCGGCCUCGGGCGCCCGCGGCGGCAGCCAGGCCGCCCCCUCGUCCUCCUCCUCCUCCUCGUCCCGGGCGCUCGGCGUGCCCAAGGCCAAGGCGCUGCCGGGCGCCGUGGUAGCCCCGUCGCUGCUGCUGGCCGGGCCGCCGCCGGGCGCCGCGCCCUCGCUGCUGCUGGCGCCGCUCGGGGGCUCGGCCGGGCUGGCCGGGGAGCCGCCCGGCUCCUGCGAGUACAAGACGCUGCUGGUGAGCGGGCUGAGCGCGGCCCUGCCCGACCAGCUGCUGGAGGACGGGCUGUUCCGCCUCUUCCAGCGCUUCGCGGGCGGGGGCGCCGGGGACAUCAGUGUCAAGCUCUCCCACACGCCCGAGCUCGGCCGCGUCGCCUACGUGAACUUCCGACACCCCGGGGACGCCCGCGACGCCCGGCGGCACGCCCGGGCCCGGCAGCUGCUCCUCUACGACCGGCCGCUCAAGGUGGAGCCCGUGUACCUGCGCGGGGGCCGGCGCAGCCGCACGCCUCCCCCCGCGCCCUCCCCGGAGCCGCUGGGGUACCUGCCGCCCCUGCACAGCGCCUACCAAUACAAGCAGCGCUCGCUGUCGCCGGUCACCAGCCCCUUGCUGCGGGAGCCGCGGCCCCGCCAUGCCGCUGCUGCCGCCUUCGCGCUGGAAGCGGCCGCCAUCGGGCUCUCCCGGGAGCGGGAGCGGGCCCUGGAUUACUACGGGCUGUACGACGAGCGCGGCCGCCCGUACAGUUACCCCAUUGUGGCCGAGGAAGACCUGAUGCCGGAGGAUGACCAGAGAGCCACCCGCAACCUCUUCAUCGGCAACCUGGACCACAACGUGUCGGAGGUGGAGCUGAGGCGCGCCUUCGAGAAGUACGGCAUCAUCGAGGAGGUGGUGAUCAAGCGCCCCGCACGUGGCCAGGGCGGUGCCUACGCCUUCCUCAAGUUCCAGAACUUGGACAUGGCUCACCGGGCCAAGGUGGCCAUGUCGGGCCGUGUUGUGGGCAGGAACCCCAUCAAAAUUGGCUACGGAAAAGCCAACCCCACCACCCGGCUGUGGGUGGGGGGCCUUGGCCCCAGCACUUCCCUGGCCGCCCUGGCCAGGGAGUUCGACCGCUUUGGCAGCAUCAGGACUAUUGACUACGUGAAGGGCGACAGCUUCGCUUACAUCCAGUACGAGAGCCUGGACGCUGCCCAGGCCGCCUGCGCGCAGAUGAGGGGCUUUCCCUUGGGCGGACCGGAAAGGAGGCUCCGAGUGGAUUUUGCCAAAGCAGAAGAGACGAGAUACCCGCAGCAGUACCAGCCCGCGCCGCUGCCCGUGCACUACGAGCUGCUGGCUGACGGGUACAGCCGGCACCGGAGCCUGGAGCAAGACUUGAGGGUGCGGGAUAGGACUCCUCCGCACCUCCUGUACUCGGACAGAGACAGGAGCUUUGUGGAGGCAGACUGGGCCAGCCCUGCCAAAAACGCCGAACGCAGGAACAACCUGGAAAGCUACAGCCGGUCCGUGCGCAGCCGGAGCGGAGAGCGCUGGGGCAGCGACGGCGACCGCAGCGUGCCCAAACCGUGGGAAGAGAGGCGGAGACGCCGGAGUCUUUCCAGUGACCGGGGGAGGACUACUCACUCACCUUACGAGGACAGAAGCAGGACAAAGGCCAGUGGGCCAGCUCUAGACCGCAGCCCUGACAGGGCUCGCAAGGAGAAUCACACUACAGAACCCGGAGCCGAGAAAGAGCAGAGCAACUCCCUCCAGAACAAUCGUCAUGCGGCCGAGGAGAAACCCCAUCGCGAGCCGGCCGAUGCUCCCCAGCCCAAAAAAAGGGACAGCGAACGCAAUCAUCGAACUGGUGAAUCGGAAUCCAAAACUCACGAGGAGCCAAAAUCUGAGACCAAAAAGCUAAAGAAUUUAUCAGAAUAUGCUCAGACACUGCAACUUGCUUGGAAUGGGCUUCUUGUACUAAAAAACAGCUGCUUCCCCACCUCUAUGCACAUCCUGGAGGGAGACCUGGGUGUCAUCAAUGGACUCCUCAAAGACCAUUCAUCCGGCGGGAAGCUGACGCAGCUCAAAAUCGCUCAGAGACUUCGGCUGGACCAGCCCAAGCUGGAUGAAGUCACCCGGCGCAUCAAACAAGGCAGCCCCAACGGCUACGCCGUGCUCCUGGCCACCCAGUCCGCCCCGGCAGGGGCAGGGGCCGAGGGGACCUUCCCUGUGGUAGAGCCUGGCUUGCAGCGACGGCUUCUCAGGAAUCUGGUCUCCUACUUGAAACAGAAGCAGGCUGCUGGGGUUAUCAGCCUGCCCGUGGGAGGGGCAAAGGGCAGGGACAGCACAGGCAUGCUUUACGCGUUCCCUCCUUGCGAGUUCUCUCAGCAGUACCUCCAGUCAGCACUAAGGACAUUGGGGAAGUUAGAAGAAGAACAUAUGGUGAUAGUUAUAGUCAAAGACACUGCCUAGCCCACACUGUCUUUUCAAAUUCCAUGUUUUCUUUGUGUGUCACACAGCCCAGUUGUUUUUAAGGCUGAUCAUUUUGGUUGAGGCUCAAAACACCUUGACCAAAGUGGUAAGAUUUUUAGUUUCUAAUUAAUUUUAAUACCUAUAAUAUCUAUUAAAAUUUUAAAUAGAGCCCAUUUUAUUCGUUUUUAAUAUGUGACACUGUCCGCUGUUGUUCUGUAUUUUUAUUUUUUAACUGUAUGAAAAGUUGUCAGUAAAGCCUUGUUCACUGAUGGAUUUCUAAA